CAACCCCGGAGUGGACGUCAUCGGCGUCUGGGUAAAAUGGCGGCGAGCGACAAGGAGUUGAGGCGGGAGCUGAAGUCGUUGGGCUACGCGGCGGGCCCGAUCACCGACAGCACCAGGGAGCUCUAUGUGAAGAAAUUAGCCCAGUUGCAGUCGGAGAAGCGGCUGCAGGAAGGGAGCGGGCGGACCACGCGGAGCUCCCGCAGCGUUGGGGGCUCGGCCUCCAUCUCGGCGCAGCGGGAGAGCCUGCGGCCUAGCGCGGCCUUCGCCAGCUCCGGGGUCUCCUCCAGUGCUUCCCGGGCCUGGCAGCAUCUACAGGACUACCAGAAUCCAGAGGAGGACGAUACGGACGCCUCGGCCGAUGACAGACCCAAUGCCGGGCGCUGGGAACCAGCGGGCCCUGGGCCAACAGACUCGCCGUACCGGGCAACAUCCUACACCGACUCCCACUCCCAAUCGAGGAGCUCCUAUUCAGACCCGUACGCCAGAACAUUUGACAGCUUGGGUUCAGCACAUAGUGCAGCGACAACUAGCAGCCAGUACUCUGAUCCAUACGCCAGGAUAUUUGACAGUUUGAGUUCGUAUAAAAGGGACAGUCUGCGUUCGGAUAGAUACACGACAAAAACCGAUAGACCGAGUUCAGAUCGAUUUAAGGGGACAACUGACAGCCUGUUUGCAGAUCGAUAUGCUGGGAUUACUGCCAGCCUCAAAUCAGAUCGAUAUAAGGGCACAACUGAUAAUCUAUUGGCAAAUAAAUAUACAGGAAAAACAGAGAAUCUGUAUUCAGAUCAAUACAAUAGGGAAACUGACAGUACGUCUGCAGAUCGAUAUUUUGGUAGUACUGACAGCCCACAUUCAGAUCGAUAUAAAGGGACAACUGACAGCUUGUUUUCAAAUACAUAUACUGGGGGAACCAGCUGCUUGAAUUUGGCCUCUCGUACAGGAAAACGGCAGGAUACGAGUUCAGAUCCAUACAUAAGGAAAUCAGACAGCCUUUCGUCGGAUCAAUACAGAGGCAAACUUGGCAACUCCUAUUCAAAUACAAGUUCGAAGGGCUUGUAUUCCGAUACCCGCUAUAGAGGGCGGUUAGACAGUUGGCCAGAGAAUGAGGAUGAAAGCCACAUGCACCGAACUUCUGCUAGAACCGCUAAUAAUGAGAAACAAAGGCAUAAAACCCAUCUGGUUCAAUUUGAAUUUUACCUCUCGCGGUUUCUGUACAUAGCCACCAUUGUGCUGUGCCUGGUGUUGUUGGCAUUAGUCUAUGUCAAAGCCUUGGGAUUAGUUGAAGGAUCUCAGGAGAACAUCGAUGAAAAUAUUCAGAUGUUGCCAGUUGAUUGCAGUGGCAAGACAGACACAUUCUGCAGAGCUGAAGAGCGCAAAAUGUUAAUGAGGUUAUUGACUGAAAUAUAUGAGUAUUUGGCAGAUGUAGCAGGUAAAUUUGAAUGUGACUCUAACUCACCACUGACAAGUAAAUGUGUGCCUAUGAUUGAUGUAAAGACACAUUUAACAAUUUUAAAAGUUCCUAAUGUAAGUAAAUUUAAUGAGGCGCUUCGGUGGAUUAUGCUGAGUUCACGGGACCUUGGAAUUAGAUUAGUUGGUGAAGACUCUGAGGAAAAAAUAACUUCAAUAGAUCAGGUGGCUUGUCUUGAAUCUACUCGUCCACAGAUGAAUUGGUAUUGUCGCCUGCAGCGUGCAUUUUUUACCAUUCUUAGCAGAAUGCUGGCUUUUAUUUUGGUUUUGAGUCUUUUAUGGAUUGCAUUGCUACUAUUGAAAUACUAUUCUAGGAAAAUGGAAGAACAACGACAAGCUAUGUAUGAAAUGGUGAAUAAGAUAAUAGCUGUCAUUCGUGCUCACAAUCAAGACUGGGAAAAGGAUUUGGAACUUGUCCCUUAUGUACCCAUCCCCCAUGUCCGAGACACACUAAUUCAACCCAAAGACAGGAAGAAGAUGAAGAAGAUCUGGCUGAAAUCCGUGCAGUUUCUUGAAGCAAGUGAGUCCCGGAUUCGCACAGAGAAAUGCAGAAUAAAUGGACAGGAUUUCUUGGUUUGGAGAUGGACACAGCCUUCAUCCCUCUGUGACUCAAUGUGAUAAAUAUCUAGAAAACAUGCAAGGCUAAAGGCAAGUUAGCAGUUAAUAACAAUCCCUCAAACACAAUUUGGAGAUGUCUGUACUAUAUGUUGCAUUAAUAAAUGCUUGUCUGUUGUUCUCCAUGCAGCAGCAUGAGUAAAUGCAGCAGUAGUUGGUCAGUAUGAAGUCAUGUGAAAAGCACUGCCUCAUAAAAAGUAAGAAUAAAUUAUUGGAUACUCCAGGGGAACCGCAUAAUGUCAUGUUACAAAUGUUAAAUUAUUUUUUUUUUAUUGAUGUGAUUUGGAAAGUCCUAACAAGACCAACAAUUUUUACACAUCAGGAAUAAAACUAUGUGUGUAAUAAAACAAUGUUGGGUCAAGCUUUUCUUGUCUAAUCCACAUGACUGUCAAUCCAAUAAUACUUCAAUUAAAAUAAAUUGGGAAUGGACUUAUCUCGAGAUCUAAUGAUUAGAUGUUAUCGAAAGAUAGAAGCACAAAAUCUGCCUCUCUUCGCGAUCAGAAUAUUUUUAGAAUUGAGAAUUUCAUGAAUAGCUGAAAGAGCUAGGGGAUGAAUAUUUGAAAUCUAACAUUAAUUAAAAAGAACACAACUUCAACUUGUUUUUCAAGUUAAGCGUUUUUUAAAUACCACUGCCAAUUUUUUUAACACCUUUCCACACAGUGCCAUAUCGAAUUGUCUGUUGCUUUACUUUGCAACUGACAUUUUGUCAAAUAUCUAGUCAGAAGCUUUGCUUUUUGUAUAUUUGCUUACGGGAAAUACACAUUUGGGGUAAAGUGAUUUAUAUGUCAUAUAAAGCUUUUUGUUACCAUUCACAAAUUCAAUAUACCAAAGCGAAUCAUUUCCACGUUAUUUUUUUUACAAACUCUGUAUGAGUUGCAUUGAAAUUGCUGAAAUUCUGUUUCUUCUCAUCUGGCCCAGACAGAUGUUGAGUUCUAUAAAUUUGCUUGUCAAGCUUUCCCAUUGUGACAAUCUGCUUUUGGGUUAUCGGCUGAAGUAUAUAAAGUAUAUAUGUAAGUGAACCCGACUAGAAUACUUGCAAAUGUAUUUCCUUCCGCAACGCUGCAUUUGUUUGGCUUGAUAUAAAAUGCACUUCAUUCUUUCUUGCUUCAAAAAUGUUAGUAAAGAUGUAAUUUUUUGGUUUGACGAAUACUUACUAACCAUUAACGUGUAACUUUAAUGUAUUACUUAAGGAUUAUUUGGAAGUCAUUUUAAGGAAACAAGCAGGGAGUGAAAAUGGUAAUGGCCAACAGGUUUCAGAGCAUCGUAAUGACAUACCUGCUUUGAAAGUUUGGUUAAUUUUUAUAAAACUAUAUUUUGCAGUAGAAAACACUAUUCACUUUGUACGCUUCAUGAAACGAGAGUGCAUAAAGAAAAAUAAUUAAUUGAAGAAAAAUAUUUUGUAAAAGUUUUAUUGCAUUGGUAAACAAAUAUUUUUAUUUUUAUUCUGUGAGCAUUAUGUUCAAAAUUAUACACUGAUGCUAUCAAAUGGUAAAGUGAGUCUAUAAAUUUAAGGUACACUUGUUUUUACAGGGCAAUCUGCCUCUACUGGCAUUGUCAAUACCUAUAUGAAAUUAUUGGAUAAAAUAUCCAUUCUAAUUGCUUCCAAAUAUUGAUUUUUUAAAUAAGAAAUAACUUUGAUAAAUACUUGAUGUUUUCUUCAUCAGUAAAAGCACUUAAUUUUUGAUAUCUUCAAAAAAAGUUUAAUAAACUAUUAAAAUUA